GAGUCCAUUGCCAGUCCCCCCAUAUUAAAUUUCCCGGUUCCCGCACAGAAUUGAAUUCUUUUUCUAUCUCGCAGCUCGAUCAUAUAUUCAUAUCAUGAACACAUCAUCAUUGUUGCAUGAUAACCCGAUGAUGAGCCAUGUUUACAUGGACCCUCGCCAUCGCGAUGUAGUUCUUCGGGGCGACCUCGCGGCCCUUCAGCAGCUCAUCCAAAGGGACGGCAACUUCGUGGCGCAGGUCCUACCCGGUUCACUCAACACCGUGCUUCACCUUGCUGCGAGGUUUGGGAAGGUGGAAGUGGCGGGCGAGGUGGCGAGGGCGAACCCGGAGUUGGUGUCGAGCGUGAACGCGGAGCUAGAGACGGCGUUGCACGAGGCGUGCAGGGAAGGGCAUGGGGAGAUCGCGCGGCUGCUCUUAGAGGUCUGCCCCGGGGUGGCUUACCAGAUGAACUGCCGCGAGGAGAGCGCGCUGUACGUGGCGUGCGAGAGAGGGAGGGCUCAAGUUGUGAACCAUUUGCUAGUCAAUUUUCCGAUGAUGUUGACCUUAGAGCUUGAUUUGUCGACUACCUCUUUGCACGUUGCAGCUUCCUCAGGCCACACAGUUAUUGUUAAGGAAAUAGUAAGAGCACGCCCAGAGUUCGCAUCAAAAAAGGACUCAAAUGGGUGCAUUCCGUUGCAUCUAGCAUGCAGCAAAGGCCACUUGGAGGCAACCAAAGAGUUGUUGGAAGUUGACAGCGAUCUUUGUUUCCGGCAAGAUAAGGAGGGGCGGACACCCCUGCACUGGGCGGCAGUCAAAGGCCGAGUUAAUAUCAUCUAUGAAUUGAUAGACGCGAGUCUGGAAUCUGCUCAUAUGGUUACCAAGCAUGGAGAAACACAUGGAGAAACAGUUUUGCAUUUGGCUGUCAAGAAUAAUCAGUUUGAAGUGCUCAAGUAUUUGAUGGAGGUCCUUGAUGUGUCAACUCUCAAGAACGCCCAAGACAAUGAUGGGAAUACCGUUUUGCAUUUGGCAACUUCUGCUAAACUCAGAGGGAUGCUUAUCUAUCUGCUGAAGCUUGGAGUUGAAGUGAAUGCAUUGAACCGAAAGGGCUACACAGCUCUUGAUGUAGUGGAGGCAGACGCAAGCAACUCGGGAGCCCUAGCAAUCAUCCCUGCACUACAAGAAGCCGGCGCCAAAAGAUGCGAUCAACUCUCCCCAAUCUUUCAAGACAUCCAACAAGUCCCAGACACACCGUCCCAAAAAUCCCCUCAAAACAUCUUUUGGUGGCCAAACCACAAAUCUCAUUUGCACGACGCCGCGUCCCCGUACCGCACCCACAAGCCCACCAGCCGCCGCAGGGCGAAGCAACUGGAGCUCCAAAGCGAGGGCCUAAGGAACGCGCGGAAGACCAUAACCGUGGUGGCGGUUUUGAUCGCCACCGUCACAUUCGCCGCCGGGGUGAACCCGCCAGGCGGGUUCAACCAGGAGACGGGAAAAGCACUUCGGGGACAUGCCACGGACUUCAGGGUGUUCCUGAUAUGCAACAUUGUAGCCCUUUUCCUCUCCCUCGGAAUCGUCAACGUCCACGUCAGCAUCAUACCUUUCAAGAGAAAAUCCAUGAUGAGCUUGAUGGUGGCUACGCAUAAAGUGUUGUGGGCUUCGACCAUGUUCAUGGCCGCGGCUUAUAUAUCCGCCAUAUGGACGAUCAUGCCAGCGGGGAAAGGGACUAGGUUGGUUUUAGCCGAGGUGGUGACUAUAGGGGGUGGCUUCACAAUGGUUGUGUUUUGUGGUUUGGGGUGGCUGUUGAUUAGCCAUUGGUUUAGGAAGCACAAAUGGAGGAAAACCAAAAGCACGAAACUCAAAAAUGGGAGCCCCAAUAGUAGUGUGAGCCGUGUUGAAGAAAUGAAGGUUUUGGGGAAGCAUAGUAUAGAGACUAGUAGCAAUUCAGAUGUCGAAAGCUCGGAUCAAGGUUACCAUUUAUACUAAUUAUUAAGCUAGGUAAUUUUA